AGUUCUUUCUGUUUGGGAUUCAUGGAUUCAGCUUCUUCCCUCAGAGGAGGGGUCUCAGAUCAAUCGGAAAUAUGGCUGCAGAUUGGCUGGGUAGCAUCGUGUCCAUAAACUGCGGGGACAGCUUGGGGGUUUAUCAAGGAAAAGUGUCAGCCGUGGAUCAGGUCAGCCAGACCAUCUCCCUGACCCGACCGUUCCACAAUGGAGUGAAGUGCCUUGUGCCAGAGGUAACCUUCAGGGCAGGCGACAUUACGGAGUUGAAGAUUCUGGAGAUUCCAGGACUCGGGGACAGCCAGCAGUGUGGGGACUUGCAGCAGAUCGAAUUAGGCAUCCCCGGUGUUGGCUACCCAGUGGGCACCGAUCAGAACGGGACAGGCAAGAUGCUAAGGAAAGCGCCUCCCAGCAGCGCUCCCCAGAACAUCCCCAGGAGGACCGACUUGAAGAACCAAGAGGUUGCCAUUUCCCCCCAGCAGCAACAGUUCUCCAAAAGCUACGUAGACAGGCACAUGGAGUCUUUGAGUCAGGCCAAAAGUUUCCGUCGGAGGCACAAUUCCUGGUCAUCCAGCAGCCGACACCCAAAUCAGGCGACUCCAAAGAAGAGCGGCCUAAAGAACGGCCAGAUGAAGAAUAAAGACGACGAGUGUUUCGGGGAUGAUAUCGAAGAGAUCCCAGAUACGGAUUUUGACUUCGAAGGGAACCUGGCGCUCUUUGACAAAGCAGCCGUGUUUGAAGAGAUUGACACGUACGAGAGGCGGAGCGGUACCCGCUCCCGGGGCACCCCGAACGAGAGGCCCGCCCGCUACCGCCAUGACGAGAACAUCCUGGAGGCUGAGCCCAUUGUCUACCGGAGAAUCGUCGUGCCCCAGAACUCGAACAAGGAAUUUUGUACCGACUCUGGCCUGGUGGUUCCAUGUGUCUCCUACGAACUGCACAAAAAGCUGCUGUCGGUGGCGGAGAAGCACGGGCUGACGCUGGAACGGAGGCUGGAGAUGACGGGGGUCUGCGCCAGCCAGAUGGCCCUGACCCUGCUCGGGGGACCCAACAGGUUAAACCCCAAGAACGUUCACCAAAGGCCCACGGUGGCCCUGCUCUGCGGGCCCCACGUGAAGGGCGCCCAGGGCAUCAGCUGCGGGCGGCACCUCGCCAACCACGAUGUCCACGUCAUCCUCUUCCUGCCCAACUUCGUCAAGAUGCUGGAGUCCAUCACCAACGAGCUGAGCCUCUUUAGCAAGACGCAGGGGCAGCAGGUGUCCAGCCUCAAAGAUCUCCCCACCAGCCCCGUGGACCUGGUGAUCAACUGCCUGGAUUGUCACGAGAAUGCCUUCCUGCGCGACCAGCCCUGGUACAAGGCGGCCGUGGACUGGGCCAACGGGAACCGGGCCCCGGUCCUGAGCAUAGACCCGCCCGUGAGCGAGGUGGAGCAGGGCAUCGACGCCAAGUGGUCCCUGGCCCUGGGGCUGCCGCUGCCGCUGGGCGAGCGCGCCGGCCGCGUCUACCUGUGCGACAUCGGCAUCCCGCAGCGCGUCUUCCAGGAGGCCGGCAUCGACUACCACUCGCCCUUCGGCUGCAAGUUCGUCAUCCCCCUGCACUCCACGUAGAGGGGGCCGCCUCCGGGGAGGCGGGGAGGGGGAAUGGGGAGGGCCUGACACCUCCCCGGAGCGCCUUAAGGAUGGGAGGUUCUGUCUGUGUCACGGUGAUUAUUGUUGUUGUCAUUAUUACUCUGUGCUUGCUCUGUAUGCCACAGAGCGUAUUUAAAGCCGAGGACCCAGGCGUGUGGGGAAGGGAACGGCAGUCGCUGCUGCCCGGGGCGUCUUCGGUUCGAAGGCCCCGGCAAACCGCCCCUCUGGCCCGGCAAGGUUUUCGUUUUCAGACGCGAGGGGCUGUCAGACGGGGGUCCCU